AUGGCACUUAAAGUCGCCGUAGCAGGUGCCACUGGAACCCUUGGCCCGUACCUCGUACAGGGCCUCGUCGGCGCCGGGAUUGAUGUCACCGUCCUUUCUCGCCAGGCGAGCGUGUCAGGUCUCCCCGCCGCCGUCACCGUCCGCCAGGUCGACUAUGACUCUGUUGAGUCGCUUACCGCCGCCCUCCAGGGCCAGGAUGCCGUCGUGUCCGUCGUUGCUCAGACGGCGGUGCUCAAGCAGAAGGCGCUCAUCGACGCCGCCGUCGCCGCCGGCGUGAAGCGCUUCUUCCCGGCCGAAUUCGGGGUCGACACCUUGAACCCCAAAGUGCGCGCUCUGCCGAUCAAAGCCCACAAGGUGGAGAUCCAGAACUAUCUGGCCGAGGUCAGCGCGAAGACGGACCUCACCUACACCAUCCUCCUCAACGGCCCAUUCCUCGACGCGUACAUCGCGCAGGACUUCCUCCUCGGAUACGCCGGGCUGAAGAGCCGCCGCGUUACACUCUUCGACGGCGGAGAUGUCGCAUUCAGUGCGACGACCGUGCCGCACAUCAUCCAGAGCGUCAUCUCCAUCCUUCACCACCUCGAAGAAACGGAGAACCGCGCGGUCUACGUGGAGGACAUCACCUUAACCCAGAACCAGAUCUUGCGCCUUGCGCAGGAGCUGACUCCCGGCGAGACCUGGACCACCGUCCCGGUCAGCACGGCUGAGAUAGCGGCGACAGCAUACGAGGCGUUGGGACGCGAGGGUAUGACCGAGAAAGUCGCCAUCGAUUUCAUUUUGGUCGCGGUAUGGGGACAGGGGAUGUCGGGCAAAUUUGCCAAGACGGACAACGAGCUACUCGGCAUCACGCCCCUGACGGAGGAGGACGUGAAGGCUAUGAUCAAGAAGGCGUUGGAUUCAUUUUAG